UGCCUUCAAAACAAACCACCCACUCAUGGAGUCGCCGGCGGAGGAAUUGCGAGCACAACCCCAAAGUGGACAUCCCAUAUUCCUUGAUGAAGGCUUUGCACCGUCAAGGCCUCUCGGAGAGGUCGUCAAAAAGCCAUGCCAUCCCAUCAACGACUCCAUGAAUCGAUUUCAGCUUUCCCUCGUUCCUCAUCCCCCUUCCAUGUAAAGCCACUUCAGUUCUUGAUCAUCUCUUUGUCCUGUGUUCCUCUACAAGAUGGCUGGUUACGACAAUAUCCCCAGAGGUGCCAACGUCAAGGUCGACAAGUUCCUUUUAUCCAUCUCCGACGAGGAAAUAUCCGAUUUCAAGACCCUGCUUCGACUCUCCAAGUUGGCUCCACAAACAUAUGAGAAUCUACACGCCGACGAUGGCAAGUUCGGUGUCAGUCACGAGUGGAUGUCAAAGGCCAAAGAGUACUGGCUCAAUGAAUAUGACUGGCGUACAGUCGAAACGUACAACAACUCGUUCCCCAACUACAUUGCACAUAUCAAAGACGAUGACGGCGAAGACUUCCGCAUCCACUUCGCCGCCUUGUUCUCGAAACUCGACAAUGCAAUCCCACUCCUCUACAUGCACGGCUGGCCAGGCAGCCAUUUCGAGUUUCUCGACAUCUUGAGCUUGUAUCGCGAGAAGUACUCCCCCGAAAACUUACCCUACCAUAUCAUUGCCGUCUCUCUUCCAGGAUGGACCCUCAGUUCCGGUCCACCGCUGACCAGAGAUUUUGGAAUGGAGGAUAUCGGGCGUAUCAUGAACAAGUUGAUGGUCGGCUUGGGCUUUGGAAGUGGUUAUGUCCUGCAAGGAGGAGACAUUGGUUCGUUUACUGCCUGUAUCAUGUCAGGUACCUAUGACGAAUGCAAAGCCGUCCACUACAACUUCGCUGCGUCCAGCCAGAAGCCGGCAGGCUUAGACGAGUCCCAAUACACCGAAGAGGAGAAAAUCGGCAUGGAGACGCGAGCAAAGGCCUUCUACACGACCGGGAAUGCGUAUGCGAUAGAACACGCCACAAGACCUGCGACAAUCGGCUUCGCUCUUUCUGCCAGCCCCCUAGCCCUGCUUGCCUGGAUCGGCGAGAAACUCAUCGAGUGGACCGACGAGACGCCGCCGCUCAAAAACAUGCUCGACUCCGUCACUCUAUACUGGUUCACCCAGUCAUUCCCGCGCUGCAUCUACCCCUAUCGAGAGGCCGCCGCCCGCGGCCUUCCGCACGGCAAUCCCAAGUACGCCAACAAGAAACCCAUCGCAUACUCAUGGUUCCCCAAAGAAGUCUUCCCCGUCCCGAAGGCGUGGAUACUCGCGCAGGGCCUCAAUGUCGUGCUGUUUAGACGCCAUCAAUCCUCAAGCCAAGUCAAGUCAAGUGAAGCUGACGAAUGCCGUAAUGCGAUAUAGGGAGGCCAUUUCGCGGUCAUGGAAAAGCCGCAAGAAAUGAUGCAGGAUAUGGAGGACUUUCUGGAAAAGAUCGGGUGGCCUUUGAAGUGAGAAUUGAAUAGUUUGUGACAAACUCUUAGGCUCAGCGUCGAGAUCCAUCCCUGGCAGCCCUCUACGAGAUGAUAUUAAUUGUGAGUUGAAGAGGGAUCAUACAGUCUUGUCUACGAGGUUCGGAAAGGAUGCCGAUCAUGGUCAGGUUCCAUUGACUUCAUUAUCC